CUGGAUGGCCAGAUAAAGUCAAGAAUAAGUUCAGCAAACUACCUGAGGAUGUCAAAACUAAAAUUUUCGGCGGAAACGUCAAAGGUCUCACUCAGGAAGAGAUCAGCCAGCUCAACAAGGGUCAGCUCCGGAUGCUGAUGCCUAGGAACAACCUAGCUGGUCUGAAUCAAACCAUCCAAGAGAAGGUGUUUGAGCGUUUCAAGGCUCUUAACGACGGCCAGAGCAUGCGCCGCGUGCUGGAAACGAUGAACGUAGAGAACAAAAUGGACCUCAUCGGAAAGAUCGCUGAAGUUAACGCCAAACUAGGCAGCAAUGAGAGGGCCAAGGAGCGCGUUGUGAUGAGCGUGGUGGACAAGCUCGGUGACCCGAGGAACUGGACAGAAGCCGAGGUAGACAGCAUGAAGGCAAAGGGCAUCCUGAGGCACUACCCGCCAGCCAGGCUGACCAGGCUCAACAACACGGCCCUCAUCAACAAAAUAACCAUUCCCUCUGGAAACGAAAUGAUGAGAAUGAAACCUACGAUGCAAAAGGCUUGGGCUGACUUCAUCUUGCACAAGAAGAUGAUGGCUAAGUCAGUUGGAGAAUGGACAUCUGCCGACAUUACUGGCGACAUCAAGAGCUCCCUGGGCACGAUGCCGCUGAAAACGCUCAACAUGAUCAAGAACGAUUCGCUCUACGAUGCUUUCAAUUCAGCUGCCUCUGCGGAUACGGACAUAGGGUCUCCUCCAGUCAAGAAAAUCGAGCCGGCCCAAGGAAGACUCAUUGCUGUGAAGAUGAUGUCUGCGUUCAAGGGGAAAUCUCCUACCGCCGGCCCUGCCGAAGUCAAAAGCUUCGUUGCAAGCCGACUGGGAAAGCUAUCCAAGUUUGUCCAGCCGGAGGAGCUGGUAACGCUUCUCGACUCCAGCAAACAGGAUGAUGCUACAGUGAAGGACGUGCUUAAAAACGCCUUCUCCAACAAGCAGGCCAACCGUGAGAAACGCUGUGAGGUGUUCAAACGCACUGAGAAGGGAAAAAAUCUGGCAACCCUGACGGCAGUCGAGGUCAACAACCUAGUUAACGACGGCACUCUAGUAUGUGUUCCUCUCAAGUACGUGAACAUGUGGGUGAGCGAUAGCAAGCUCACGGUGACCAAACUGACGCCUGAGCUGCUGUCACCGGGUCAGCUGAGGGCUAUUGCUCGAAACGUCUCCGCCCUGGACGGUUAUAAGAAGGCCGGUGGGGGCCUGGACCUGGACAAGCUGCCCCCGUCUCUGAUCUCCGUGGCCCAGCCCAGCGACAUUAAGGCCUAUGACUGGUGA